UACGUGGCGCAGAAGCCCUUCUCUUUCGGAGACUCAGAGGGGGGAGCGGAGAGGAGAAUGGAGCGGGGCGCUGAUGAAUGAACUUUGAAAUUGAAAUCGAAAUUGAGGUUUGUAAUUGUAUAGAAUAGAAGCACAGACAGAAUCCAGGCCCCAUCCCCAUUCCCAUUCCCGUUCCCAUGCUUAUGGUUCUCUCUCUCUAACGGAUUUCUCAAGGCUUGCUUCAGUUCAGAUCGCAGCAGCAGCAGCAGCAGCCAGAAGAGUACUAUUUCUGAUGUCCACUCUUGGCAAUUCAACAAAUAUUUUCUGGCAUGAAUGUCCGGUUGGGAAGGCUGACAGGCAAAAGCUACUUAAUCAACAGGGAUGUGUUGUGUGGAUCACGGGACUCAGUGGAUCAGGAAAAAGCACGCUUGCCUGCUCGUUAGGUAGGGAAUUGCACUCCAGGGGAAAGCUCUCUUAUAUUCUUGAUGGAGACAACCUUAGGCAUGGAUUAAACAAGAAUCUUGCUUUCAGCCCUGAAGAUCGUACUGAAAAUAUUCGCAGGGUGGGGGAGGUUGCAAGGCUAUUUGCAGAUGCUGGCUUAAUCUGCAUUGCUAGUUUGAUAUCCCCCUAUAGAAAGGACCGGGAUGCUUGCCGUGCAAUGUUGCCAGAUGAGAAUUUUAUCGAGGUUUUCUUGAACAUGCCUCUACAAGUGUGUGAAGAAAGAGACCCUAAAGGUCUUUACAAGCUUGCUCGCGCUGGAAAGAUUAAAGGUUUUACUGGGAUUGACGAUCCUUAUGAACCACCUCGAAGUUGUGAGAUUGAAAUACAACUGAAGGAGGGCGGGGUUUGCCCAACGCCAGUUGAGAUGGCAGGGAAAGUGGCAUCAUUUUUGGAUGAUAAAGGCUUUCUGCAAGCACGGUGACAACUGUUUGAAUUCUGAGUUCACUUGCUUCUAUCUCUGUUACCCCAUAUAUAUAUACACACACGCAUAUGUCCCAUGAUAUGAUAAAACAGCCUAGUCCAGGUUGGACACCAUCAGCAGCGGAUUACCAGCUUCAUUAUCUGGAUUGCUUGAUAUUUGACAGUAGUUUCUUUCACCUUUCACUUUGUUUCUGUUCACCUAGUUUCCAGGUUGUGGUAAAUCUGUUGUGAACUCAUUCCUAUUAUUAAUCUAAGUCGUUAUCAUAAAA